AUGAACUAUAUACAUGCAUGCCUCCUCAAGAAAAGAAACAUGCUUGUAGUAAAAAGUUUAACCAUCUUACUACUUAGCUGCAUAGCCUUUAAGUUAGCUUGCUGCAGCAUUUCUUCGUUGAAAUCCCUUCCCCUAGUAGGCCAUUUGGAGUUUGAAGAUGUCCAUCCCGCCUCCAAAGAUUUUGGAAAUCGGUCCCAACUGCUUCCUUUGGCGAUCUUACAUCCCAAAUCUGUAAGCGACAUCGCCUCAGUGAUACGACACAUCUGGAUGAUGGGACCUCAUUCACAGCUUACGGUGGCAGCGAGAGGUCGUGGACAUUCACUCCAAGGCCAAGCACAAACAAGCCAUGGAAUUGUUAUCCACAUGGAAUCACUACAGCCCCAGAAGCUGCAGGUCCACAGUGUGGGUUCUUCCAAUCCGUUCGUUGAUGUGUCUGGUGGUGAGCUGUGGAUAAACAUAUUGCACGAGACCCUAAAGUACGGGCUUGCACCAAAAUCAUGGACGGAUUACCUACAUUUAACUGUAGGUGGUACUCUGUCCAAUGCUGGAAUCAGCGGCCAGGCAUUCCGACACGGACCGCAGAUCAGCAAUGUUCAUCAACUGGAGGUUGUCACAGGAAAAGGUGAGAUCUUAAACUGUUCAGAGAGGGAGAACAGCGACCUGUUUCAUGGAGUUCUUGGUGGGUUAGGUCAGUUUGGUAUCAUAACAAAGGCAAGAAUAGCAUUGGAAACAGCACCAACCAUGGUUAAAUGGAUGAGAGUGUUGUACCUGGAUUUUGCAGCUUUUGCCAAGGACCAAGAGCGCCUGAUUUCUUCAGAUGACAAGUUCGAUUACGUCGAAGGUUUUGUGAUAAUAAACAGGACGGGUCUGCUGGACAACUGGAGGUUAUCAUUCACACCAGAAGACCCUACAAAGGCGAGCCAAUUCAAAUCUGAUGGCAGGAAUCUCUACUGUCUGGAAGUGGCCAAGUACUUUAAGCUGGAUGAAGACAAGAAAAAUGUAAUGAACCAGGAAGUGAAAGAAUCAUUAUCUGAACUAAGCUACAUCUCGUCAACACUUUUUUCAUCGGAGAAAAACGCCAAGCCCAAUGGCCAAGGGAAAGAGAUACAUGUCAUGAAUCAUGUGAAUUUGAUGUUCAAGAACCGAGAUACCCUCUAA